ACCAUGAACAAUCUGAACAAACACUAUGAGGAGAGGGUGCGUCCCUGCAUUGACCUCAUAGACUCUCUCCGCUCUCUGGGGGUAGAGAAGGACUUGGCGCUGCCUGCUAUCGCCGUGAUAGGAGACCAAAGCUCGGGCAAGAGCUCUGUGUUGGAGGCGCUGUCAGGAGUGUCUCUGCCGAGAGGAAAUGGCAUUGUGACAAGAUGUCCUCUAGAACUAAGGAUGAAGAGAAGGGGAGAAGGAGAGGAGUGGUAUGGAAAGAUAACCUACCAGAACCAUGAGGAAGCGAUAAAAGGUCCUGCCAAUGUGGAUGAAAAAAUUCGAGAAGCUCAGAAUAAAAUAGCCGGGGGUGGUGUGGGGAUCAGCAGUAAGCUGAUCAGUCUGGAGAUUGCCUCUCCUGAUGUCCCAGAUCUGACGCUCAUUGACCUGCCUGGCAUCACCAGGGUGGCUGUAAAGGGACAACCAGAGGACAUUGGUGAUCAGAUAAAGAAACUGAUCAAGAUGUUCAUCACAAAACAAGAAACCAUCAGCCUGGUGGUUGUUCCAUGCAGUGUGGACAUAGCAACCACAGAGGCUUUGAAGAUGGCACAGGAGGUGGAUCCUGAUGGAGAGAGGACUUUGGGUAUCUUGACCAAGCCUGAUCUGGUGGACAAAGGCACAGAGGAGACGGUGAUUGACAUUGUCCAUAAUGAGGUCAUCCGCCUGGAGAAGGGCUACAUGAUCGUCAAGUGCAGAGGUCAGAAGGAGAUCGCAGAGAAGGUGUCUCUUACACAAGCAAUAGAAAGAGAGAGAGCCUUCUUUACAAGUCAUGCACAUUUCCACACUCUCUAUGACGACGGCCAUGCCACUGUUCCUAAACUGGCUGAGAAACUCACGCUCGAGCUGGUGCACCACAUUAAAAAAUCUCUGCCUCGACUGGAAGAGCAGAUAGAUGAGAAACUAGCACAGACGCAGGCAGAACUGGAAAGAUAUGGCAGUGGACCCCCGUCUGAUGGACCUGAAAGACUCCCCUACCUCAUUGAUAAAGUGACAGCAUUCACUCAGGAUGCCAUCAGUCUGGCUACAGGAGAAGAACUGAAGUGUGGAGAAAAACUCAAUGUCUUUUCUAUGCUGAGAAGAGAGUUUAAGGACUGGGACGCACAACUGAUCCACCUGGCAGAAAACUUUAAUAAAAUUGAGGCGGAGGCGGAAUUUUAUGAGGAGACAUAUCGUGGGAGAGAACUGCCGGGCUUCAUCAACUACAAGACCUUUGAGUCCAUGGUCAAGCGGCAGAUCCAAAAGCUGGAAGAACCAGCUGUCAGGAAACUCAGGAAUGUUUCAGAUGCUGUUAGACAAGACUUCUUUAAGCUGGCCCACCAUAGCUUCCCUGCACUUCCUAACCUCAUGAAAAGAGCCAAGGAAAAGAUUGAAGCUAUAAACCAAGAAAAACAGGCCAUCGCCGAGUCCAUGCUAAGAACACAGUUCAAGAUGGAAAUGAUUGUUUACACCCAGGACAGUCUCUACAGAAACAGCGUGGCAGAUUUAAAAAGAGAGGAAGGUGUGGAGCAAGAUGAGGAGCAAGAUGAGGAGCAAGAUGAGGAGGAAUACAAACGAAAAAGUACAAAAUUUAAUAGAGAAUGGAGUAUGAUGUACUGCAAGGACAAUCAUGCAGCACUCCGGGCGUUGAUGUUUCACCUUAGGGCAUAUUACAAAAGUGCCAGCCAGCGUCUGGCUGACCAGAUCCCACUGGUGAUUCGCUACCAGGUGUUGCAGGAGUCUGCCGCCGAGUUGCAGAAGGAGAUGCUCACGAUGAUCCAGAGUCAGGAGAAUUUGGAGUUCAUGCUGACGGAGGACUUUGAGGUUGGCAGUAAGAGGGCCGCUUUGCUGAGUCGCCUCAAACGCUUCAAGAAGGCCCGUUCAUACUUGGUCGGGUUCUAGAGGAGAUCAAGGCCUAACAGCAUCGUGGUCUACUGUACCACUUUGACCUGUCCUUUGUCCUUUCAUCGCAUGACUAAAAAUGUCCUUAAUGUAGCCUUUACUUAAAAUGUACGGCAAGUUUAUAUUUGUUAAAAUAUAACAAAUCAUCAAACUUUCUCAUGAUUACACCCAGUUAGCCGAAAUAGUAAAACUAUGUACUUUAGCUCCGCCUUGUGGUUUAACAGAGGAAAUUAUGAGAACAAAAUCCCAACCUCAGCAAAACUCAGCAGUUUUGCAAAUCAGUCCUUAAUAAUUAUAACAUAUUA